AUGGCCAACACAAUUGUUGACCUUCCCGCCAUCGAGACACCCCCAGUGGUGGGAUAUGCUGCAUAUUUUGCCGAAGAUAACGUCUCGACUUUCUCCUCAAGACUGCUUAUCGCAUCCGUGGGUGGUGAUGGGGUCGCGACCACGACUAGGGCACUGGAUCCUGGCUUUGUGCUAUACUUACCAUUUUCGGUCACAGGCUCGACAGUAGUGAAUUGCUCUGCUCUGGUCCCAUCUCUGACUACACCAUACCCUGGACUCGCUGCCAGGGUCACUUAUCCGGCGAUUUGGUCAGUCGGCGGACGCGCUGUGGCCGUAUUUGAUUCCACGGUCGAUUUCCCCGACGGUGGCACAGUAUUCAUUCCUGUCACGAAUAGUCUUCCCGCUCGGGUCGAUAUGAAUCUUGGAUUAUCAGCACUGAGAGCCGCGGCCCUAGCGACAACAACAACAUCCGUCAUUCCGACAUCUAGCUCAAGUCUGGUCGUCACACCUACUGCUGCGCCGAACACUACAACGAGCACCCCAAAUGCUUCUUCGAUGGGGACACCUGGUCCUACUACUAAUCCUCGCAAUGAUGGUUCACCCUAUGGUCCAGGAGCUCUGGCCGGCGGUAUUGUUGGGGCAUUUCUAGCAGCUCUGCUGCUAUGCGCAUUGCUCUGGUUCUUCUGCAUUCGACGCCGGAGGUCCAGGCGGUCCGCCUCGCAGCAACGUUUCAGCGACUCAAGCAAUGACUAUGCUCUUGCCGACAUGGCUCGAAAUCCCGAAAAGUCGCAAGCUGUGGUUGCAGCUUCCGCGGUGACAGGGUGGCAGAAACACUUGCCACAGGAGAAGGACGAUGGCACCAUCACUAAGCUAUUCAAGUCAAUCUUUGAGCAAGCCCAGAUGCAUAUGGAAGGUUACUACGGAUCAAACACACAGGAUUUGUCGGAUGCUUCGAUUGCCACACUUCGAGAGCUCUCCGAAGAUGAUUUGCCAUUGAUGCUGUCACAAACUCAGAAGCAAGUCUUGUUGUUGGAGGGUAUCUUGCUACGCUUUAUGAUACGUAGGAUCUCUGGGCGCUCUGAUGUACAAGACUCAUUCCUUCCUGGUGAUUUGAGCAGGAUUGCGAAGAAUAAUAAAUGGUACAUGGAGCGCGAAUCAGGGCAAAGUGGAUUCGCCACUUCAGGAAAGAAAAGAGGUUUCUCACAAGCUCUCGCUCAGUGGCGUCAGCUUACUGGCUUUUUGCUCCCCAAUCAUAGGGAUGAUCAAGCUUACCAAAAAGAGCUCCGUACCAAGAUUGAGGCUGCGGUGCAAAAUAUCGACUCCGCUUACUCGCCAUGGGAAAUUUCUGGCAAGAGCAGCGAUAAGCGACGUGAGAGCCUGAGGGGGAUUUUGCAGCAAGUCAGCGAUGCGGGAAUUCUGCUAUUCACACAGCCAUCGACUUUCUUGUUCGAUUGGUCCACUCCUGCACAGAGCGAUAGUCGCACGGUAGCGAUCUCGCCUGCUUUGCUCAGGGAGAAUGAGGGCUCGGCCAGAGAGGAUGUGUUGAUCAAGGGUUCGCAGGGAAAGCUUUGA